AUGGCAGUGCCGAAGACCUUCGUGGACCUUUCGUCCGCGUACAGGACAACGCCAAACACCCUGGUCAACAUCAUCGGGACAGUGGUCGACAUUCAGCCACCCACACUAACACGAAGCCAAUACAUGAUGACUUUCAAAUUGCUGGACGAGAGUCUGCGCGACGCGCUUCACGGAUCCCGAGGAUUAACUGUCCGUUUCUUUGCGGAUGACCAAAAGGAUUUUCCACGAGUUGAGCGACUUGGCGACAUGGUACUGUUACGAGGUAUCAGAAUCACCAUGUUCACCGGCCAAAUCAUUGCAUUGUCGACCUUCAGAACGUCGGUGUUGGUCUUCCCGGCUGCAGCGAUUCCGGCACCGAACUAUCAGAUCGCCUUCCACGACAAGAAGCGGCUCGAGUGCCUUGGUGUGCCAAACGACGUGGGAAGGUUCACCCUUGAGGAGCAGAAUUAUGUUAUACAGCUCAAGCAUGCAAUGAGCUCGGUCUUGCAGUCUUUAUCAAAAUACAGCGAUACUGCACCUGUAAAUGCUCCUUCGGGCCCGGCAGGUAUAAGAGAGCUGUCGAGAGAGAAUGUGCAAUCAGAACCACCAUCGAAGCGCGCCGAAGAGAGUGUACUGCCAGAGCAGCCCAGGAAGCGGCCCGGAGAGGAUUUACAGUCAGAGCAAGCAAAGCGACAGAUUACCUCGCUACCUGCUCGAGACAAGCUGAAGACGAUUUCUGAAGUACGAGCGACCAACACGGGCAGUUACGCCGACCUUUGCGUGCAAGUCGUGAAGAAGUUCCCGGCUGGCAACGCUAAGUGCGAUUUAUACGUCACAGACUACACAGAGAACAAGGCAGUAUUCCCUCGUCCGCCACCCGAGGCUGAUGGUUCCUCCGAGCGUGACGGCGACCAGUACGGAUACAGCGACGACAAGACCGAUCGCCAAUGGCCUGGACCAUACGGCUACCUGGUACUCAAAGUGAACCUUCAGAACCCUCACGCCGGCUACGCCAACCGAGAUAUUAAAGAGGAUGACUUUGUGCGUCUCCAGAAUGUCAAGUUCAGGAACCGAGCGGACCACGUAGGCGGCCUGGAAGGCGACAUGUGGCCGGAUCACAUGUAUCCAGAGAAAGUGAGCAUCCGGCGAGUACCUCCGGGCACCGAAGAGGUCAAAGCGUUACUGGAACGGAAGAAGCGGUACUGGGCUCACCGGAACGCCAAACUUGCCGCGGACGAGGCGAAAAAGAACAGGGAUGAGAGAUCGACCAGAAAGUCCAGGAAAGCGGCGAACAGAGAGAAAAAGAAGCUUAAGAAGCAGGAAAAGAAUGCAGCAAAGGCAGAGAAAAAGGCAGCCAAAUCAGACAUCUCCCCUGAUAUGCCGAGCCAUGCUGAAGACGAGGAGAAGCGAAGGCGAAGCAAAGUGGACAUCAACCCUCACGUCCGCUGCGGGCAUCGGGAGAUACCGCUCAGCUCUAUCCGCAUUAUCCUGGAUCCGGAAAACAAGCACCACGAAUACUCGGAUCCCAAUAUCGAAUCUUUAAUCAUCCCUUUCAUCAACGCGACAUACCGCACCCAAGCGCGCGUGGUGGACUUCGAACCCAAGCAGCUGGAAGAUUUCGCCCGCCUCGCCUCUUCGAACAACGAGGACAGUCCGGACGACAGCGUCAUGAUGAUCGACUACGAGUCCUCGCCCCGCUACGAAUGGUCCUUUGAACUCCAGCUCGAAUCCAUCGAUCAACACAGCCGUCUCUGGGUCCAAAUUGGACACCAGGAGGCGCAGUAUCUCUUCGGCAACGACGUUCCGGAUCCGGGGGACUUGCGACAGGAUCGGAAACUGCUGGCGAAGGUGCGGGAGAAGUUGUGCAUUCUGUGGGGUAAUGUUGAGGAGAAGGGGGAGGAAGAGGCGGUGUCGAACUUGCCAUUCGAGUGCUGUGUUAAGGAGUAUGGGGUGCUGAAGGACGAGGCGGGGGUGGAGGGCAUGGAGAAUGUUGAGAAGGUGUUUAGUAUGUUUGGCGUCAACAUUUCGUAG